UUCUAUAAAAUUUUACAAAUCAUGAAACUUCAACUUUCAGAAAUUCAACGUGCCAGAUUAUUAGAACUUUAUCAAAGUUUACAAUUAGAUUAUACUUCUGUUAAUAUACAAAUUGUUGUACAAAGUAGUUCUCAACAGACUUCUUUAACAAUUCCUACUUACUAUCGAUGA